AUGUUCAAGCGCCUCAACGGGCGUCUUUUGCCGCACACAUUUCAAUUACAGCAUGACUCUGUCAAUGAAACCACGAGUGAUCUGCGUGCUAAAUCCGAAGGCAUGAUUAACCCGCAAGAGAAGGAGGGGCCGAAUAUCAAGAUCGGGUUCCAGGAAAACGAUGAAUUUGAGGAGUUGCAGGGCAACUUGAUUGUUAUCUCCACGAAGGCUGUUGUAUUUUGCCAAUUUUUCUCAUCGACUAGCAUCAUGGCAAAAGUCUUCAUCUGA